AUGGAAUCAGAAUUCGAUGUAGUCAAGAUAUUUAGGUGGGUCGAUGAUAAUCUUUUCGUAAAAACCAGAGACUCGACUUGCAAUAUGAACACCGUAGCGAAACGGUCAGUCAAACUUGGAGUGGCUACCAGUGUAGAAAAAUGCACGGAGUUUGCGGCAGAACAAAAGUUUAUUGGUUUCGUGUGGAACGGAAACAAAAAGACGGUUAGAUUUCCAGAAGCCAAGUUACAACAACAGAAAGAACAGAUUUCAGAAUUUUUGCAACCAGGUCGGGAGUUCAAGUUCACGGAUGCGGAAAUUUUGGCCGGAAGGUUGAAUCACGUCUUGCUGUUGCUGCCGCAACUCAGGUCUUAUUCAAGAAGCGUGUAUAGAUGGAUGAAUGAAUGGAAGAAAAAGUGGGCGACGAGAACAGUUCCGAAGGACGUGCUCGAAGAUUUGUUGUUUUGGUUGACGACCCUCAAUGAUUACGCACAUACAAGGCUGUGCCCAUUAGUGGACCCUAUGGAAAUUAACUGGGGAGGGGACGCGUCGACAAGUUUUGGAAUAGGUGUGCUCAUAGGGAAAAGGUGGGCUCAACUGAGGCUAAAGGAAAAUUGGUCGAACACGCAACCGAAACAAACCAUUGCGUUGUUAGAAACGGUUGCCAUAAGAAUAGGUAUCCUAAUGUUUCUGGCCAUAGGAGUAGGUUUAAAGGGUCGGAAUUUUAUCAUUUGGACGGAUAAUACAACGACGGAAAAUGUUCUUCGAUCUAGGAAAUCGAACGAUUUCCAUUCAAAUCACGAAUGGAAGCAAAUCCAGGAGUUGCUAAUACGCAAAGAUGUUGACAUAACACCCCUAAGGGUAACUUCCAAGGAUAAUGUUUCAGACAGUCUGUCAAGAGGGGUCCAAUAUCCCCAUGUAUCCAAAAACAGGGUUUGGCUAGACAUUGCAGAAGAUCUAUCACCCUUCAUGUUCCAUGUGUAG